AUGAACUCACUCGAUAACCACCAGGGCUCCCAGACCUUGGACGAGGUUCAGCAAGGUACUUCUGAAACUAAUCCAAAUGUUCCGCCGACGUCGGCCAAAACCAACUAUCAAGGUACUGCUAAAGAGAUUGGAUUGGAAGGAAAUACUGAAGCGGGCGAUGUAGAGUGUUGCAAGCAUUGCGAGACUUACAAGAAUGCACGGAGGCUUGUUGUUGCUCUGGAUGGUACCAUGAAUCAAUUCGGCUUGAAGAACUCAAACGUUGUCGAGAUAUAUGCGCGAAUUAUCAAGGGGGAGGAUCAGCUCACAUACUACAACAGCGGCAUUGGGACGUAUGCCACACCAUCCUGGCGCUUUGGGCUUAGCUUUCUCAAGACUAGAUUUGAUAGUCAUGUUGACCUUGCGAUAGCUUGGUGGCUGUCCGAACAUUACAAGGAUGGCGACAGGAUCUUUCUCUUCGGCUUUUCACGAGGUGCAUAUCAGGCUAGGGUGCUUGCAGCAAUGAUUGAAGAGGUCGGCCUCAUUUAUCCCGGAAAUGAGGAGCAAAUCCCCUUCCAUGAUUGUUGCUGGGCUGAUGCGGCCAACAUUAGCGCGUAUGAAUUGUAUGCUGCGUCAGCCGGCGCGGCCGAGAUCAACUCGCGAAUGACCGCACGGUUCAAGGAGACUUUCUCCCGUCCAAAAGUCAAAGUCCAUUUCAUCGGCGUAUGGGACACUGUGUCAUCCAUCGGUAUCUUUCGAAACAAGGACAAGGAUUUACCCAGGACGCAGAAAACCCACCACAUUUGCCAAUUUCGGCAUGCCUUAGCACUCGAUGAACGUCGAGUCAGAUUUUCCCCAGAGGACGUUCUCCGCAUAAAAUCACCGCGACCCAGUCGUAAAGUCAACCUUAGUGAACCUCAGGAUGUAGACGGAGUUAUUGUGAGUCGUGCGACGGAGAAGUCUUCAAGGGAACAGAAGGAACAGCCAGGAAAGCAAAGCGAGGGAAGAAAGGGUGUUGGGGAGGAGCGUGAACGAGUCAAAGAAGUCUGGUUUGCGGGGUGUCACUCGGACGUCGGAGGAGGGAACAAACAGAACGAGAAGCUUCUCAUGGACGAGAUACCUGCGCUAUGGAUGGCAAAUGAAGCACAGGCAGAGGGACUCAAGCUGAAGAUCUCUAAAUUCGACUGGGACGACGACAAGCUUCAGGAGCCGACGCCGCCAGAUUCUCUGUCAUUAGAAUGGUGGCCGCUUGAGCUCAUACCGUUUCUUAGCCGAAGGAAUGAUUUCCCCCACCCUCGACGAUGGAUUCUUCCUCAUUUUGGUGCACACCGCUUCAUCUAUCCAGGGCAAAAAAUUCACCUUUCUGUAGCUCUCAAGGGUAAAUACAGACCUGCUGCGCAGUUUGUGCCCUCUCUGUCGUGGAAGUCGACGACACCGACUUGGGACGACAUACUUGGGAAGACACUUGACGUAUCCGAUAAUGAUUGGAUGGACGAAUUGAGGGACCAUCUCGAGCUUGAUCUUCACGACAUUUCCAAAGCUACAGUUCUCAUCGGUGCACUUAAGCGGAACACAGACGUCUCUGACUCGCUGGAUCGUCUACGUAUCCUAGCUCUUGACCAUAUUAUCAAGAAGAAUGGAACUGAAUCGCCUCUGAGGGCAAAGGCCCUGAAACUGAUCAGCAGGGUCGCUGCAGAUUCGCUUGGACUGGAGCAAUUAUGGCACGUCGAUAUUGCGCAAGACCUAGCCAACAACCUCCGAAAAAAUGAACCGAUGAAAAUGCCUCCGCUUGAAUUAUCUGUCUUCCUACAACUUUAUGCGCCGCAACAGGGGGACAGGGCCUGCGCAUACAAAUUCCCAACAGAUGCAAUGCAUGUCGUGAUCACCUCCUUGCAAACGGCAUGCGCGGCAUCCGGUGUGUCUGCCCUAGAAUUAUUUCUCGAAAACGAUCCCAUGGCACUGUGCGAAUCUCCUGACAUCGAGCUGGUUCAAGACUUGAUUGAUUCAAUCAAGUCUCUCCUCGAUCCGGAGCAACACUCCGUUCUGCUGUCCGUUAUCCGACACUUGGCAGAAUACGUACACGAAUAUGAAAACAAAAUGGUUACUCCUAAUGCCAAGAAGGGUAUCAUGAGGUACAUAGCGACGUCUGCUCAGUCCGCUAUCAAAAUGAUCAACCGAGGGUCAAAUACUGGUAACCAUCAAACUUCCUUCAGCUCACCUUAUAUCUCCAAGGAAAUAUGGGCAUGGCUCGUGGGAGAGAUUGCUACGCAGGCGCGAGAGACCACCAAGACAAGCUGGACCAACCACGUACAAGAGCAUGGUACACGCUCUAUCCGCGAGAACGUCUGCGAUGGCAAAUUCAUGAAGACUCUCAAGGACGAUCUGAACAUUGAAAAGAGAAGAAAAUAUGCCCUUUCUGGUGUUCGGCACCUUAGCUAUAUGGAGAAAACCUGCGACACAAUGCGGGGCCUCCAAUUCAUUGACACAUUAUAUGGACUUUUGGAGUUAAAGGAUGACGAGACAGAUCUGUGGGAGCGUUCAAUGACACUUAUUGCGAGGCUGAUAAGUCAUUGCUCUGAUUACAUUCGUAAAGCGCUCAUUGAUGGCGAUGAUGGUAGUUCUCUGGCAACGAACGUACAGAUACUGCGACAAUCAGGCUCAUGGUCGAAAAAAAUGACAGCUAUGGAAUACUUACUAUUGUUUGGCCGUUACGAUGACGCUGCUCAAAAACUACAGCGACUUGGAUUUCUUGAUAAUCUAGUAGGGCUCAUUGACUCACAAAGCAUCGUAUCUCUCGAUGAUCUCGUAUCUCUUGACUCGUGGAGUUCAUCUGAUACCAGCGGCAGCUCGAACCUAAGCCAAAAGCUCUUGACAUGGGUGAAAGAGCAGCCUCUCAACACAUCAGAAUGCACGUUUUAUAUUUGUGUUCUUUCACAUAUGGCAGACGAUGAUAGUAGGGAUCACCUCCACGAGAAUGGUCUCAUUCCUGCUCUAGAAGAACUGAUGCAAGAGAAUAAUGAGCUUGCUCGCGCUAAAGUGGAGCAUAUUAUACGCAAUGCAGAUAAGGGGUCAGAAUGGAAUGAUCCCUCAAGCUGUACAGGCAGUCAUGUAGAAUGGGGUGAAAAAGAGUACUAG